AUGGAUUAAUCAGCAAAUAUUACUCUAAAAUGCCAAAUAAAUGAUCAUAAUGACAGCAUAAAUGCUAUUUGUUAUCACCCAUAUUGCAAUGAAUUUAGAUUCCAUUGUUUUAAAUGUACUAAGUAAGGAAUCCAUCGAAAUCAUAUGAAUGAUGUUGAACAUAUAGGUAGCCUAUCUGAAUUUGUAGAAAAUUAGAAUAAAUAAUUUCAAAAUUUAAAAGACACCUUAAAUAAUAUAAUCUAAGGACUCCUUAAAUCAUCAGAGAUAUUGAUUAAGGGAAUAGAAGAAAAAUAUUAUUUAUAAAAGGAAAGGAUAAUGAUUUUGAAUUUAUAAUAAUUAAAUGAUUACUUGAGUUCAGCUAUCAAAUUUGAUGAAUACAAAUAAUCAAUUUUACCUAUCAUUACAGAAAUGACUAAAAAAUUAGAUCUUUAAUUUAGUAACUUAAAGGAAUAAUUAAAAUUAUCUUAAAUUACUUAUUUGAUAGAUUAUUAAAAAAUAUCAGCAGAAUUUUAUCAAAGAGGUUAUAAUUUAUAUUGUAGUGGGAAAUUUUAGGAGUCUAUAGAAUAGUUAAAUAUGUCAAUUUAAUUAGAUCCUUCUAAUUUUUUGGCUUUAGGAUGUAAAGGUGCAUGUUUAAGGUUGUUGGAUAAAUAUCAAGAUGCAUUAGUUUGCUUAGAUUAAGCAAUAGAAAUAAAUCCUAAACAUGUUAAUUCUUUAAGUAAUAAAGGUGAAUGUUUAAGAAAAUUAGGGAAGUAUGAAGAAUCUUUAAUUUUUCUGAAUUAAGCACUCUAAAUUGAACAUUAUAACACUUUUCCAAUUCAAAUAAAAGGGUAAUGUUUAGAAAAUUUAGGAAACUAUGAUGAUGCUAUGAUUUGCUAUCAAAAGUUUUUGAAGUAUAAACCUGGUGAUUAGCGGGUAAACAGUUUAAUGGAGAAUUGCAAGUAGAUUUGUGCUCAGAAAUCGAAGAAAUGAUUAUUAAAUUAAUCAUUUUUUAAUUUUAUUUUCUCAUUCAUAUAUUGAUUUUGGAUGGGAAUUAAAUGCUAUUUUG